AUGCUAAAGCUGAAAGGAGAAUUGAGGGCUGCCAAGGGACUGAAAGAUGAGGCCCAGGAGAGAGACAGAGAAGUGAGUGGCCUGAACAGCAAGCUCUUAAGCCUGCAACUUGACAUCAAGAAUCUUCAUGAUGUCUGCAAGAGACAGGGGAAGACCUUACAGGAGAACCAGCUCUGUGUGGAGGAGGCUAUGAUGAACGACAGCCACAACAAGAAGCAAGCAAAGGCGUUAGCAUUCAGAGAGGCCCAGAUGGAAUUUGGGUCUACUAAACAGUGCCAUCUGAGACAACUCCAGCAACUGAAGAAGAAACUUAUAGCCCUGCAGCAAGAACUAGAGUUUCGCACAGAGGAGCUGCAGACUUCCUAUUGUUCUCUCCUGCAGUACCAGUCCAUCCUGGAAAAGCAGACUUCCGACCUGGUUAUUCUCCACCACCACUGCAAACUGAAAGAGGAUGAGGUGACCUUCUAUGAGGAAGAAAUGGGAAAUCAUAAUGUGGACACAGAGGAGAAGCUCCAUCUGGCACACAAGCAGCUUGCCUUGGCUGGGGACAAGAUUGUCUCCCUAGAAAGGAGCUUAAAUCUCUACCGGGAUAAAUACCAGACUUCCCUGAGCAACAUCGAGUUACUAGAGUGCCAAGUGAAGAUGCUGGAGGGCGAGCUCAGCGGGAUCAUCAGUCAGGAUCCUGAAAACAAAGGCGAUCACUCAAAGGUGCGGUUAUACCCUUCCUCCUGCAUGAUUCAAGAGCAUCAGGAGACCCUGAAACGACUGUCCGAAGUCUGGCAAAAGGUCUCUGAACAGGAUGACCUAAUCCAGGAGCUUCGAAAUAAGCUAGCCUGCAGCAAUGCUUUGGUUCUGGAGCGUGACGAGGCUUUGAUCAAAUUGCAAGCUGACUUCUCCUCCUAUACAGCCACCCACAGAUACCCUCCUAGCUCCUCAGAAGAUGGUGAAGACAUCAAAAAGAUACUGAAACACCUGCAGGAGCAGAAGGACAGCCAGUGCCAGAAUGUGGAGGAGUACAAGAACCUUGUGAAGGACCUGCGCACGGAACUGGAAACCGUGUCGGAGCAGAAGAAGAACGUGAUGAAGGACAUGAUGAAGCUGGAGCUGGACUUGCACAGACUGCGGGAGGACGCGUCCGCCCACAGCGAGAAGAAGGACAGGGAGACCGGCAUUCUGCAGCGCCAGCUGGAUGAGCUGCAGCAGCAGUGCGCAGAGACGAAGAAGGUGGCUGCGGAUAAAGACAAGAUGCUCCACGAUAAGGAAGAAAUGCUUCAUGAGUUGGAAAGGAAGGUGAGCCAGGUUCAGGGCUUCCUCAGGAAGAAGGAGCUGGAGCUGGAGAAGAACCAGUCCACAUUAACAGAAAUGGAAGAGACCCUCAAGGAGGCCAAGCAAGACUCCAAACACAAGAUGGAGUGCGAGGCCCUGAGGGCUGAGGUCCAGAAACUGCAGGACCUCCUCGAUGAGGCUAAACAGCAGCACAAAGUAACAGGCCAGCAAUUAUCUCAAUGUAAAGAUGACAAUGAGGAAUUAGGGCACAAACUAGAGGAUACCCAGAAGAAACUGCAGAACUGCAUUCAAAUGGACAAAGAGAAGUCAGAAACCAUUGACUCACUACAAAAAGAGCUACAGAAACACCAAAGAAGGGCCUCGACCGUCGAAGGGCAGCUGUUAGAUAACAGGAAACAGGCAGAAACGUUGUCCUCAGAACUGGGUGAGGCGCUGAAAAAGCUUGAAAAUGCAGACAAGGAGAAGAAACAGCUUCAGAAGACACUGGUUGAGCAGGAUAUAAAAAUAAAUGAAAUGCUGAGCAGUGGCAAAGUCACUCAGCACCAGCAAAAAGAGCUAGAAAAAGCCAAAGCCCAGGUAGAAGCUGAGCUUCAGGAUACAAUAAAGUUAAUGGAAGAAAAACAGGAUCAGUUGAAAAAGAACAAAGAAAAGGAGAAGUCACUGGAGGAUGAACUUGACUCUUUGCAACAGGAAGUAAAAAGGAAGGAAAAGACGUGGAAAGACAAUUUGAGAAAGAUGGAGGACGAAAACAAGCAUCUCCAGGACGAGUUGGCAAAUGCUUUUGCACAACUAGAAUCUGCUGCCAACAAAUGCAAUGCCACCCAGAAAACGAUCGAUGAUCUGAACUUACAGUUAAAUGCCCAAAAGGAGUCCAAAAUGAAUCUGCAGAUGCAGUUGGACUCGGCUAUAAAGAAAGAGAAGCUUUGCAUGCAGAACAUGGUCUCCAAAGACGCUUUUGAGGAAUUGUCACGCAAGUCGCACGCCUGCCAAGAUGACCUGACCCAAGCCCUGGAGAAGCUCAAUCAUGCGACCUCAGAGACAAAGAACCUGCAGCGAGCAUUGCAACAGGCCCAAGAGAGGAAAAGUCAGCUGGAAGAUGAAAUCCUUGCUUACGAGGACAGGAUGAAAAAGGUCAAUGUGGAAUUAAAAAAACUGCAGAACUUCCACCAGGAGAGUGAACUAGAGGUGCGCGCCUUCGACAAGAAGCUGGAGGAGAUGAGCAACCAGGUGCUGCAGUGGCAGAAACAGCACCAGAGCGACCUCAAGAUGCUGGCAGCUAAGGAAUCGCAGCUCAGGUCCUUUCAAGAGGAAAUGGCCACCCUGAAAGAAAACCUCCUUGCAGAUGAGAAAGAGGUGGGCACCCCUUCCCUACUGUUGCUUCCUUUUGUGCCCUCUUGGGCGGCGCCGGCGGCUCCUCGUAGGGCCCACAGAGAAAAUGAUCAGACAGUAUCCAACAUGGAGCAGUGGGCAAAAGAGCAGAAGAUCGCCAACGAGAAGCUAGGCAACAAGCUCCGUGAACAGGUCAAAUACAUUGCCAAGCUGACUGGUGAAAAGGACCAGCUCCACAAUGUCAUGGUCCACUUGCAGCAGGAAAACAAGAAGCUCAAGAGUGAGAUUGAAGAGAAGAAGAUGAAAACCUGCAACCCAAGGCUGGGCGCCAAAACCCUAAUCCCCAGCAAACUGGAGCACACCCCGAGGGGAAAGGCAUGCGGUGUAUUGGGCUGGAAGGAUGCGGGUCACAAGACGGACAUGGCCAAGUGCAUCGGCUUGCCCCACUACUCAGUGGAAUGA